AUGCGAUUUACCGGAAUUGUGCUCCUUAAAACCAAAAAGAUUGGGGUUAUUGGAGCACUUGCCCUUAUAUUUAAUGCUGCAAGUGGACCUGGAGUUCCGUUUACUGCGUCCAACUUCCAUUCGCCAGGCUUACUAUACACUGUGCUCAUAUAUCUUUUUUUCACGGCUAUAUCAGCAUUUUCAGCACUGUUUAUCAUAGAAGCAAUGCAGGCUAUUCCUGGAAAUUUACACUUUCAGGGUUCUGUAGAGUAUGCUACUUUAAUUAACUUUUACUCAGGACCAUGGCAACACAUUGUUGGACAAGUGUUUUUAUACGGAGCACUUCAAUCAAAUGCCAUUCAAAACAUCGUUUUGGCGUCGCAGGCAUCAGAUCAGCUGCUAGUUGCCAUAUUUGGAAAAUCAUGUGGUCUAGCUAUUGACAAAGCAGUCACUGGAUGGGUGUGUGUUUCUACAAGUGGUGAUUUGCCGUCGCCUUUUGGAUACACAUUUAUGCUUUUUACACUUGGAUUUCUGAUUGUCAUGGUAAUGGUAAUCCCAUUUGGAGUCAUGAAUAUUGAUGAUAAUAUGGGUAUACAGGUUGGUGCAUUUAUCGUGUCUAUUGCUAUCCUGAUACAAUGGUGCUCUUCAUCGAUUGCUAUAGGCUUGGAUGCUCAAAAAAUGCCUAUACUUGCUUCGCCCAGCUGGUCCUAUGGCCAAGUGACUGGAACAGUCAUGCUUAAUCUUGCCAUCACAACAAUCAUUCCAUCUUGGAUUAAUCUCAAGAGAAAAGAUGUAAAUGUUCAAAAAGUUGUUUGGCUAUCACUUUCAUUUGUCACUGGCGUAUUUAUUACAUUUGGUGUUUUUCUUGCACUAGGGUUUAAUAUUGGACCAUCAAAUAAUAUUCUUCCAGUUCUAUCCUCUAUGGGCCCACCUGUGAUUUUGUCAAAGAUCACAGUGUUUUUGUUUGCAUAUGUCAUGCUGAUUCCAUCAAUUCCUGUGAAUCUCAUCAUUUCAAAAGGAAACUUGUUUCAAAAUAAGAUCACGUCGGAAGGUAUUGCAACUGUUCUCGCAUAUAUCGUUCCUUGGAUUGUCGCAAUCCCAUUGCAAACAGGAGUAUCCUUGCUGUCUUUUCAAAGUUGGACCUCGCUUAUAUUUGUAUCAGUUUCCAAUUUUAUUGUACCCAUGAUGAUUUAUUUAAAAUGUCACGAAUUUAGACGAGGUUACAAUAGAGAUAGGAUACUGACACCAAAACAACGCGACUUGCUCAAAAGUAUUCAUGACACUUCAACUACAAUUAAAAACUUUAUUGACUUGCCCAAAAAGAAAAAAAAGCGAGCCCAUAACCGACGGAAUCUUGCGCUCAAAAAUCAAUCACCUAAAAUACUUGAAGUUCCUUUGUCAAAACAUGAGGAUAAGUCACACUCAUUUAAAAUCAAUACUAGUGAAAGCGAUCACGACGAAUCAUCAAUUGUAGCUACAUGUCCAGUUGGAUAUCCAAUUGUAGUCGAGUCUAGUACUUUGGAUGUGGGCUCAGCAUCACCAUCACAUAUUCAUCUCAUCACAACACAUCAAGAGCUACCACAACGAGAAAAUAGCGUUUGGUUUAAAGUGUCUGGGCCAGACAAUGAUGAGGUUUCUUCUGAAUCUUUGCAACGAAAAUCUUUUGAUGGGUCUGUGCAUGAAGUUCCUUGCGUGGAUCCGACAUCUUGCACGGAUAGUGAUGAUAAAAUAUAUUUGGGCGAAAGUCUUGACGAAAUUUUGAGUAGCAUUCAUGACGAAACCCAUGACGAAACCCAUGAUACACCACAUUAUUUAUUGAUGGAUGUUCCAGAUCCAGAUAUGGAGUACCUUCAAGAAACCAAUAUGCGUUUAGCUCAAACAACACGUCGAUCAACUGUGGCUUCAUUUUUUGGAACGUUGGGGCGACAGCGGAAACCGAAUACAGCGCGUGAUUCUGAUCAGGACGAGGAUUCGGUACAUAUGUCUAAUUUAAAUCCACCUACUCCACAGCAACUGCGUGCAUCUACAUUACCACGUAUUAACAGUGAAGCUGAUACAGCAGAUGUAUUUUCACCCUUAACUGUGGAUGUCAAGGGUAAUACACUGCCUACACCAAUAUUGAAAUUUAUACCCGCUACUUUGCAGAGCGAGUCUUCAAUAGCAUUAACACCAGCGCAAUUGCUGGCAGCACCAGGUCGAUCAACGCGGUUUCUUGAGCCAGUUAUCAAUACUACUUCUGAAUUGUCUGACGGCUUUCACACACCCAUUAAAAGUUUGCAAGUGAACUCGGCAGUUUCAUGUCACUCUACAAGUACCACAAGUCAAUCCGAAUCAAUGCUUGGUGACGAAGAAGGUGGGUCGUUUGUCAAGGGCAGUGCCAUGGCAGCCAGACUAGCAAGAGCACAAACACUUCCUGUCAAUCCUCAGUUCAAAUCACCAGCCUUUCGCAGUGUGCCUAAAUGGAUUCCUUUUAGACCGAAACAUGUCGCUUGGGUGAUUUUGAUUAUAACAACUUUGGUGACAGUCUCCAACGGUGUGCUCAAUUUUAUUUCACCUUCAUGA